ACAUUUGAUAAGACAAUCCAAAGGGGAAACACAAUGAAGGUCCUUGUCAGCAAAACAACGAAGAAACCCCGCCGAGAGCUGAAGAGAAAAACCAAGGCCUAUUCUACCUUCAUCUACAAGAUCCAGAGAGAGGGUGACGGCAUCCCCACCAUAGACCGUUUUUUGGUGAACGAGUCUACCUGCCCACGGAGGGUGUUGGUCCGUCUUGUCGGCUCCGAGGCCGCCCGCCUGUCACUGUUCAACAGGAGGAAAGUAAUCACACAACUAGAGGUCCACGCUGCGCUGGCACGGCUGAGACCGGGAAGAAAACAUGCCAGGCAACCUGGCGCUUGAAUGAUUUUAUAAACCCUUUGAAUUGUAUUUAAUUAUUUUAAAGAAAUGUAAUAAAGAUGUUUAUUUUUUA